CUUUCCUCAGAUAGCCGCGGGUUCCUAAAAUGCAUUAUCACGAGUGAUUUCCUUUACUUUCCCUGGAUUAUUCACCAAAAAAUUAUGGCUUCUUCAACCAGUGAUAGCGCCAAUAGUGACAUUGAUAGCCCGCCUUCUUCCCCUCGUGUUGCCUGCCCCUCACAGGGCCGCAAACGGCGCCUAACACCAGCAUCCCACAAGCGUGCUAUGGCCAAACAGAGACGGAACAAAGGAGAGGCCUAUAUCAGCCCUGCCAGCCAACGUACUAUACCCCAGCGAGCGAUAGGGGCGCCAUGCAGGGAUGGUUGUUUUACUAAAGUAACAAUGCCUGGCGUGCAGUCAAUUUUCUCUGCAUUUUGGGCGAUUGGGGACUACAACCUUCAAAAUGCCUACAUCCAGAAAAUGGUAGUGGUGGUCCCUAUCGCUCGUAAGCGAACGGCCGCCGAAGUCAGUAGACGUUCAGUAUCACGGGUGUACUUUGUCACUUACAACAACACUCGUACGAAAGUGUGCUUUUCUGGUUUCAUGGCCAUGCACGGGAUAACAAAGAAGCGGGUAGACAAUGCCAUCCGCAAAGUGACCCAUACUGCUGUUCCUGAGCCUGACCUACGCGGCCGCCAUGCCCUUGCCAACAAGAUUGUGGGGGAGAAAGCCGAGCAUGUGAGGGAGCACAUUCGUCUUCUCUCUGCCAUGACGAGCCACUACAGAAGGGCAAAGGCCCCCAACAGGCUCUACCUGGACAGCACACUCACCAUCAAGAAGCUGUAUGACUUUUACCAGUCGUGGAUGUCCCAAACUUAUCCACAGGCGGCACGGGUGGUAUUCCACUACUACAGCGACCUGUUCACCAAGGAGUUCAACAUCAGCUUUAAGCCUCCCAAGGUAGACACCUGUACCACCUGUGACACCCUUAACAUGGCACUCUCCAGCGCCACCACUGAUAAAGAGAAGGGGAGCCAGCAAGCCAAAUUGGACGAGCACCUGAAGGAGGUAAAAGCAGCGCAGGACCACCUGAAGCAGCUCAAGGACAGCAACGAUCCAGAAACCAGGGCCAUGUGUAUGGAUCUGCAGCAAAUCUUGCUCAUCCCCAAGCUCCAAACAGG